AUGUACGCCGCUCAGAAUAUAACGCCAACAGUUUUGGAUGCUAUGAAUGGAAAUGUUUCCGAAUGGUAUAACGAAUGCGACAAUGCCAUUAGAAGGUCAGAAAUAGUUCCUGGAACUUACGAAUAUACAACUGCUGUUUCUUAUGGAAACGUAGGUGAGUUUGGAGAAGGUUCUUCAACAACAGUAGAUAUUGCUUGCGACAGGUUUCAUAUAAUUUCUAUUGACAACUCAUUCUUAUACGUGGAACAAGACAUUGAAAUAAAACCUUCUGCCAAGUUGUCUGACAAGAAAGGUUGCAAUGGAAUUUUCUAUGUCGGAUACCAAUAUGCUCCAGAAGUUUUCAUGGGAUAUAAGAUAUAUUCUAACUCUGACUUAGUUCAAACAGUAACAUGGGCAAACUAUGAAUGGUUCGCUUUGAGAAACUCAGUACAACCACAAGCUAGAGAACAAACAGACCAGUAUGCAACUAUUGAGAAAAUAAGAAGACUUGACCCUAACGUUCCAGGAGUUUAUGUUAACCUUUCUGGACAAAAUGCAGCAGCAGUAACCAAAGUAAAAUUGAAACUUAGAGUUCCUUUGUCAUCUUUCCUCAUCUUCAGGUUUUUAAGAUACUUGCCAAACUGGGCAGGAAAAAUUUCUAUCGAACUUACUCCAAGCAAAAAUAACUUAGUCAUUGCACCAACACAAGACCCAUUCACUCUUACAGAAGUAGUGGGAACAAAUAAAAUGUCAUUCGCCGACUUUUGCAAAAACAAAGUUGACUUAGACUUUGGUUUCUCAAACCUCAACACUGAAGUAAACUAUUAUUUCAAUGCUGCUGGAGAUGCUUGGGACCCAGUUA